GCAGAUGGUAUCUUCGUGAUGGUGGACAUUCGGGCAGAGACAGGUGUUGCGAAAAACUUGGGGCACCCCAUGGCGCCUUUCCUCUACACCGUCUCUUUGAUGCACUGCAUGCCGCAGGGGAUGAACGAUGGGGGUCCUGGUCUUGGAAUGAUGUGGGGUCGGCAGAAAGCACUUUCUAUGCUGCAAGAAGCAGGCUUUGAAGUCGAGGUAGUGGAAAUGGAGUUUGACACCUUUAACGAUUGCUAUGUGUGCCGCCCCCGCGCGUAG